GUAAACGCGAAAGCGAAAGUUAAGACGAGGCAUUGUGUGGACGACUGCAGUCAAAAACUCUUGUUCAUGAUAAUUAUGAUUUUAUUAUAGCUCCUUUUUUGUGUAAACCAUGUACAUUAAGUGUAUUGUUGUUGUAGCAAUACUCCUGGUAGUCGCUGAUGGCUUCACUUUGCGAGGUCCAUCUGCUCCUCUGGUUGCUCCUCUGGGAUCUUCACUGGUUUUGCCCUGUUAUACUGAUAAACCUUUACCAGUGAAGGGUCUGGAGGUGGAGUGGAGAAGAGCAGACUCAGAGACUCUGGUUCAUCUAUUUCUUGAAGGUGAGAGUCGACCAGAGGUCCAGCAGCAGGAUUAUCAGGACAGAGCUCAUUUCUUUACUGAUCAGAUUCAACAUGGAAACUUCUCCCUCCGUCUGGACAAUCUGAGAGCUGAAGAUAAAGGAGAAUAUACAUGUAAAGUUUACAGUCAGCAGGAUUCAGGAGAGACUGAGGUUCACAUAAAAGAUGUUGGUUUCUCUUCUCGGCACAUAACUGUGUUGUUUUUCUGUGUCGUUGCUGGAUUUGGAGCUGUGCUUCUGCUCUGUUGUCUGAUCUACUGCAGAGUUAAAAACACAGAAAACAGCAGAACAAUCUGGAAUCUUCAUCUUUCUCUGGUCUUUUGUCCAAAUGUCUGCAUGUUCUUCGCCUUCAUCCUCUGGGCUCUCACUGAAGGAUUUCUCCAUGAGACCGUCACUUGCUGCGCUCUGUUUAUUCUGAGGCCUGUCAUGUUGAUUUGGGCUUUGUCUUAUUUAAACUAUCUCAAAGACAACAUUAAAACAUGGAUCAGGUUUUUCAGAAUAACCAGUGAAUUGACUGUUUUCACAGUCGUUGUUUAUUCAGUUCUUUUUGCAUAUGGCUGGAGAAAGAGUGCACAUGAUACAGACUGGAGACGUCAUGUAGGUUCUGGAUUAUGCUUUGCAGGAGUUCUGCUGUUGUGUCUCAUCCUGAGUGGAAAGGACCUCAGAAGGCUAUGCAGUCAGGAGCGGCCAAGACGGGUUUCCUCAAUCAUGCCAACUCUAGGUUUUUUGUUUGGGAUUAUUCUCUUUCAAUUGUUCCAGUUGUUCUCCUCAUUUGGAUUUCCCUCUCUAGCAUUUUUUGCUGUGGCAUUGGUCCAGCACUGCUCCUUUUCUGUAUACCACUUUUAUCUUGUCUACAAGCAGAAUUCAACUUUCUCCAGAGAGGAUGGAUAACAUUAUUGUGGAUGAUAACAAUACCACUCCUGGAUAUCAUCCUUUACAUUUAUAUUCUUCUAACCGUAUUGGACAAGGAGA